ACAAUUAAGUCGCUCUCCGCUAAAUACUCUUUACAUUAGAUUCUUUGAGUGUAUUUGGCACUUUUAUAUGGUGGUAAAACAGUAUUUUAUUUUGCAUUUUUCGAGUUGAAGCAGACGAAAAAUGACAGUUUUAUAAAUCAACGAUUGUAAAACAUAAACCACAAAAGCUUUCAAAUUGAAGUUGACAUCAUGGGACCGAAUAAAAAGGGAUUCAAUUGGAAAGCACGACAGGUUGUAACUACAAAAAUUAUUCAGACAGAAGGGGUUGAGAUUGAGAUAAGUGGGACACAAUCUUCUAAAUAUGAUGAAUGCAAUGCUCUUGUUCUGCCAUCAAAAAAAAGGAAAACAAAAGUAGUUAAAGAAAAGAAAUCCAGCCAACGUAUUUUGUCAAAGACGCAGCGGAAGAAGCUCGAGAAGAUUGUAGAUGUGAAAAAAAAGAAAGCUAAUAGGGCAGAUUUAUUGGAGUCUCUAGCAAAGUUGCAACCCAGUGCUCAGGAGUUUUCCAUGAUGACAUCUUUGACUUCAGUUCAAACUAAAGGAAUUAAGCGAUCUAUGGCAGAAGUUGACUCUGUUCAAUUGUUUGAUGAAACUGGAGUAAAAAAUCAAUCAUCUGGAACUGCUGGGAGCAAAAGGAGACAGCGCUGGAAAGAAAAGGAAGACCAAGAAAAAGUUGAAAACCCCAGAACUGAUGGAAAUGUGAUCGGCAUAGAAGUAAUUGAGGAAUCAAGCAGUUCAGAAAAUGAAGAAAUGGAAGAAGAAGAAGACGAAAACACAGAAGAACCAGAUGAAAACAUAGAAGAAUCAGAAGAAAACAAAGAAGAACCAGAAGGAAGCAAAGAAACACCAAGAAAAGAAGAUAAAGAAGAUAAAGAAGAUGUUUCCGAAGAAACUAUUUCAAAAGCAGGCAAAGCAGAUAUCUCUAAUGGGAAUAUAAUCGCAACGGAAGAAUGUACCCUCGUCGAGAAAGACGGUAAAACACCAGCGCCUAAGCGCGAAGCAAAACCGGCAAUUUUUGUUCCAGUCCACCGCACUGCAGAGGUUCAAGCGGCUAGGAUGAAAUUACCUAUCCUUGCCGAAGAACAAGCAAUAGUUGAAGCCAUCAAUGAAAAUCCAGUUGUCAUUUUGGCCGGAGAAACCGGAAGUGGAAAAACUACUCAGGUUCCCCAAUUUCUCUAUGAAGCCGGUUACGCAGCCAAUGGGAAAAUUAUUGGUGUUACAGAACCCAGAAGAGUCGCCGCUACCUCAAUGGCAAAUCGCGUGGCUGACGAAAUGAACUUGCAUGACGGCCAAGUUGGUUAUCAGAUUCGUUUCGAAGGAAACGUCAAAGAUAAUACCCGAAUUAAAUUCAUGACUGAUGGUGUUUUAUUGAAAGAAGUUCAAAAAGAUUUCCUCCUAAGUAAUUACUCUGUCGUGAUCAUCGAUGAAGCUCACGAACGUAGUGUUUACUCAGACAUCUUACUCGGUUUGUUGUCGCGCAUUGUCAUGCUUCGCCACAAAAGAGGUAAUCCAUUGAAAAUGGUUAUUAUGUCGGCCACCCUUCGCGUGGAAGAUUUUACGGAGAACCGGCGACUUUUCAAGAACAAGCCAGUUGUUAUCCAAGUUGAAGCAAGGCAAUUUCCCGUUUCAGUACAUUUUAAUAAGCGGACAGCCUUCGAAGAUUAUGUAGACGAAGCAUAUCGCAAGGUGUGCAAAAUUCAUCGGCAGUUGCCGGAUGGUGGCAUUCUGGUCUUUCUUACUGGCCAGCAAGAGGUAAACGCACUCUGUAGAAAAUUGCGUCAGACGUUUCCGGGUGUCAAAAAGGUGGAGAAACCAGAUCCUGCAGAUGCUUCAUCUGCACAACCCGAAGAUGUUCCGAUUGCGUCCGACCCUGAAGAGGACGAAGAUAUGGAAAAAGUUUUGGCCAAAAUUAAAAGAAAGCAACAAAUCAUGAAAAAGCGCUCAAAAAAAGAAGUAGAUCAGCGAAUAAAAAUCAAUCUGGAUCAUUACUCUGCGUUGCCACUGCAAGAGCAAGAACAAGAUCACGAUGAAAAUCUUGGAGAUUUGGCUGAUUCGGAUCAAGAGCUAGAUAUCAAUGAUGAGCAGUCAGAGGCUUUAUCUCAGAGUCAAACUGCCCCUCCUUUGUGGGUUCUGCCUUUGUACUCUCUUCUACCAUCUAAUCGGCAGCAAAAAGUGUUUGCUCCGCCACCUGAAGGAUCAAGAUUGUGUGUAGUGUCCACUAACGUCGCCGAAACUUCUCUUACGAUUCCUAAUGUUCGUUAUGUUGUCGAUACUGGUCGAGUCAAGACUAAAUUCUUUGACAAAAUCACGGGGGUAUCCGCAUUUCACGUCACCUGGACCUCGCAGGCAGCCGCCAAUCAACGUGCUGGUCGAGCUGGUCGCACAGGCCCUGGGCAUUGUUAUCGACUAUAUUCUUCUGCCGUUUUUAAUGAUGAAUUUGAAAAAUUCUCUUUGCCAGAUAUCGCGCGAAGACCGAUUGACGAUUUAGUUCUGCAAAUGAAGUCGAUGGACAUUGAAAAAGUGAUCCACUUUCCGUUUCCGACGCCACCCGAUAUUCAGCAAUUAUAUGCGGCUGAGCGCCGGCUAUUAUUGCUAAAUGCACUGGAACCGCCGCCACGCAGCAUAGGACUAAAAAAAAGCCAAGAAUGGACGUCAAAAAUCACUCCACUCGGCAGAGCCAUGGCAGCUUAUCCAUUAGCACCACGCUAUGCAAAGAUGUUAUUAUUAAGCCAACAAAAUGAUCUGCUUCAACUGAGCAUCACCUUGGUGGCUGCGUUAUCUGUACAAGAACUUGUGCUGGAUCAGCCAGCCGAUUCUGAAGCAGGUGACACGCACAGAAGGUGGCUUGGCCAACGUCGAUCAUGGGCUGGAACAGGACAGUCCCUACUUUUGGGAGAUCCCAUGGUACUCCUGCGGGCCGUUGGCGCCGCCGAGUACUCGGGUGAUAUCGAAGCUUUUUGUUCGACGAACGGGAUACGUAGCAAAGCUCUUCGCGAAGUACGAAAACUGCGGGUUCAGCUGACAAACGAGACAAACUUGAUUUUACCGUCAGGAACUGCAUCGAUUGUGGUCGAUCCUCGUAUGGCGCCACCCACUGAAUUGCAAGCCAAACUUUUGCGUCAGAUUCUGAUGGCCGGACUUCCCGAUCAUGUGGCCAAGCGAAUACCUCCAAAUGAAAUCAAGGAAGCCGAAGACCGUAGGAAGUACAAAUACGCUUAUCGCUGCCCAGAAAUGGAAGAUCCUGUCUUCUUAAACCCAUCGAGUAUCUUGCGCUAUUCGCACCCCGAAUGGAUCGUUUAUCAGGACAUUUAUGAACAUGCCGAUAAAAUCUAUUUGCGUGGUAUUACGGCCAUCGAACCCGAAUGGCUCCCCAUAUUUAGUCCUACACAGUGCACCUUCUCUGCUCCCUUGGAGCUUCCUACCCCUCGUUAUGAUUCAGAUCAGGGUCGUGUAAUGUGUCACAUGAAUGUUACAUUUGGGAGAAGUGGUUGGCCUCUUCCUGUAAUGGAGCUCGAAUAUCCAGCUGGUAUCGACCGGUUCAAGUUUUUCGCCCAGUUUUUCCUUAAUGGAGAUGUUUGUCGUCCUUUGGCAAAAUACACUGCAUCUCUGCUGUCAACUCCAUCGACAAUGGUCAAGACAUGGGCGAAACUCCAGCCCAGGACACAAAUGCUACUUCAACAACUGACAAUUAGUAACGUCGAUAGCUUAGAUUUGCUUCUUGCCGCUUGGCAAAAAGAUAAAUUCUACCUCCUGGAGGUCUAUAAAGCCUGGGUGCCUGAAUCACUUCAUGAAGAAAUUUCCACCCUUUGGCCUCCUGUGUAAUUGACUGUAAAAUAUAUCGACCUCUCAAUUGCUUAA